AUACAAUGUGACUUGCCCAUAUUUAAAUAAAAAGCCUCGGCCACUAUCCACGUUGUGUAUGGGUGGCAUAAUGGAAUUAAGUGCCUAAAUGGACCGAUUCCGAUGGGUGGUCCACCACCACUAAUAAUCACUGUCUUCCCUUGUGGUUCCAGCAGCACUUCAGUGAAAUCUAGUAAAAUGCCUUCCCAAAUUUGUUAAGGAAUUGGCAAAGGCUGCAUUAGGCCUAGGGUCAGAUGACCAUGUACUUGUUCCUUUGGCACAGAUAACAGUUUUGUACCAAUUGCUUCAUGCUACCCACAUUCCUUUCCAAUAGAGAGAAAACUUCAAGCACCUAAGGCCUAAGGAAUCAUUCUAAACAUGCACGACCUGCUUCAGGUGACCUAUGAAAAUUCUCCAACAAAGUAGGAAUCAACAGCGAAUGUGGAAACAAGUAAAUCCAAACAUCAUGACAUGACAUUUGAUUAUUCUCCCCUCAUUGAGGAUGGGAGGCUGGUUCCUCUAUAACUUGCCGCAUUAAUCACUGUAGCUUUGAGGAAUUCCUGUAUUCCAUGGAUAGUCUUUCCCUACAAUUUUGUCAUGGGAAUCCAUAAAACGUGCAACUAUCAAAAACAUAGCCUAACUGCUUGGAGUUUCAUCUUUGCUGUUACAACAUUGAAAUUUUCUAAUCCACCAGACACUGCAGACUUCAGUGAUCAAUUAAGACUAUGAACAGUCACCCUAGCAAUGUUGUACGUAUCGUAUGAUACGACCCCGUAUCGUACGAUACGUAUCGUAUCGUUUGAAGAAAACGAUACGAUACACCCCUCGUAUCGUAAAAAGGGGGUGUAUCGGCCCUGUAUCGCACGUAUCGUACGAUACAGGGCCCGUAUCGUACGAUACGGGGCGAUACACCCCGUAUCGUACGAUACGGCCUAAAAACGCAAAAGGGGGCCGAGACCUACUUAUUCGGCUUCUUUUUCAAAUUUUUCUUCCGUUCUUCAUUUCUAACGCUUGGAUAGUGCCGUGAGGGAGGGCGAUCGUUCAUUUUGACCGUGAAGAACUUGAUUUUCAUCGUCAAAUCGAAGAUUAAGUGGUCGAUUUGUGCGUGGGUGCUUGAUUUUCGUGGGAAGGAAAGGGGUUUUCUUCAUUUCAGACAUUUCUUCUUCGUAAGGUAUGAAAUCUCAUGUUCUUACCAUGUAUUCUUAAUUUUUUACCGUAUAAUCGUAGAUUUGAAGACUUUGAGUGUUUUUCAUUAAGUUUACCAUAGGAUUUCGUUUUUUUUUUUGAAGAUAUGGAUCCUACAUGGCAAUGGUGCGAAAGGGUGAAGGAGAAUAACCGUUUGAAACUCAAAUGUGGCUUCUGUGGAAAUACACUUUCAGGAGGGAUUAUUAGAAUGAAACACCAUUUGGCAGGGACCUCCAAAGAUGCGUCUCCUUGUGUUGGAGGACCAAACAAACCUUUGCCUCCAUUUGUGCGUCAACAAUGUUUAGAUAUGCUUCAUGCUUUACGUCAAAAGAGAAUACAAAAAGAAAUUGAAGAUGCAGAUGUAGGCUAUAAUGUGCCUUUGGAAGAUGAAGAAGAAGAGGAUGAAGCUUAUGAAUGUGAUGAUGAAGACGAUAGCAGUCUAAGAACAGAUUUGGAGACCUCAAGAGGUAGAGAUCGUAGAGGAAAAGGGAUUAUGUAUGAAGGAGGUCAAUCUGGCAUAACGGGAAGGAAGAGGAGAGGCACAACAGAUGUUAGGGCCAGGCGUGGUAUGCGACCACCUAGUGGUAGAGUUCCUACUGGUAGGUCUAGUGUUGGCUCUAUUAAGAGUUUUUUCCCUUCAUAUACCAGCCCAGGUGGUCAGCCGCAGAUUCGUGCUGCUAUGACAUCUAAAGAUAUGCUAUAUCAUGCACAAAAGCAGGUAGGGAAAUGGUUUUAUGAUGCCUGUAUUCCAUUCAAUGCAGCUAAUUCUUUUCAAUUCCAAGCCAUGGCAAAUGCAAUUGCUUCUAUAGGCCCCGGAUUCAAAAUGCCAUCAUAUCAUCAGUUGAGAGGCAAAAUUCUUCAGGAUACAGUCAAAGAAGUGUCUGAGCAUUGCGAUGAGUUGAAAUUAUGUUGGAAGGAAACAGGUUGCUCCAUUAUGUCAGAUGGUUGGACUGAUACAAGGUCAAGAACACUUGUAAAUUUUCUUGUGUAUUGCCCUAAAGGUACAAUGUUCUUGAAAUCUCUUGACUUGUCUGAUGUUUCUAAGACUGCUGAGAUUUUAUUCAAUGUUUUUGAUAAUGUUGUACAAGAAGUUGGACCUGCAAACAUUGUACAGUUUAUUACAGAUAAUGCUGCAAAUUAUAGAGCUGCAGGAGAUUUGUUAUUUCAAAAGUAUAGAACAUUUUAUUGGAGUCCAUGUGCCACUCAUUGUGUUAAUCUAUUGCUUCAAGAUCUUAAUGAGAUGCAUGAUAUGAAAUCAGUCAUUGACCAAUGUCAAGAGGUAACAAAAUUUAUCUAUAAUCAUGCAUAUGUAUUGAGUUUGAUGAGAAAAUUUACAAAAGGUGUUGAAUUAAUACGACCUGCACAAACUAGAUUUGCCACAAAUGUAUUGACUGUGCAGAGUGUGGUGAAACAAAGAACUCCUUUGAGACAGAUGUUUGCUAGUGAAGAAUGGGCUGCAUAUCCACAUGCUCAUAAAAGAAAUGCUUCUUUAGUUGUGGAUAUUAUAUUCAAUAACGUAUUUUGGGAAUCAUGUGUGAAGCUAUUGAAGGUUUGUGUUCCAUUAGUUAAGGUUCUCAGGUUGGCUGACAGCGAGGACAGACCUUCUAUAGGGUACUUAUAUGAGGCUAUGGACAAAGCAAAAGAGGCAAUUCGAGACAACUUAAAGGAAAAGAAAAAGUUAUAUAUGCCCAUAUGGAAGAUUAUAGAUAAAAGGUGGACUGGACAGCUUCAUCAACCUCUUCAUGCAGCAGCUUAUUAUCUAAAUCCUGCAAUUAGAUUUUCUCCUACAUUUAAGAAGGACAGAGAAGUCAUGCAUGGUUUGUUAGAUUGUAUUAAUGUGUUAGUGGAAGAUUCUACAGAACAAGAUGCUGUGCACAAUGAGUUGGAUCUAUAUGAUAGUUGUUUUCGGAACAUGGGACUACCUGCCGCCGUUCGAGCCAGGACAACGAUGCGUCCAGAUUUGUGGUGGAAUAGGUAUGGGUUUGAUUGUCCAAACCUAGCACGUUUUGCAGUCAAAGUCCUCAGCCAGACAUGCAGUGCUAGUGGAUGCGAAAGGAACUGGAGUGUGUUCCAACAUAUCCAUAGCAAAAAAAGGAAUAGGCUCGAACAUAAAAGGUUGAAUGACCUUGUCUUUGUUCGAUAUAAUAUGAGGUUGAAACAAAGAGAAUUAGAAAAAUCAUUAGCAAGGAAGCACACAUCUCAGUUCGAUCCUAUCAGCUUGGAAAAUUUUGACGAUCUAGAGCCAUGGAUUGAAGAAGAACCAACUACAAUAUUUGAUGAUGAAGAUCUUGAAUGCUUCAACCUUGAAGUUGAAGCAACAGAAGGCUUUGUUGAUGAAGGAGAGUCUGCUACUGCUGGUGCUGGUGCUGAAUAUGUUGGUGAAGAUCUUCCAAUUCUUGACGAUGAAGAAGAAGAAGAAGAUGAAGAUGAAGAUGAUGAAGAUUAUGAAUGAUGAAUCAUGAAUGAGAGUCAAGUCAAGAGUGCUUUCAUUUUAUAUGUAUCAAAAACUUAAGAGUUAUGAAUCUAUGGUUGUUGAACACUUGAUUGAAUGUUUUAUCAUUUAUGACUUUAUCACUUUAUGGCUUAUGGCCUUAUGCUUUGUUGAAUGAUAUUGUAUUAUUGUUAUGAAUUUUGAUGUUUAUGAAUGAUGAACGCGUAAGUUUAUAGCAAUAAUAAGUCUAUCAUUAUCUCAAACAUGUUUUCUAUGAACAAUUUAUUAUUUUUAAUUUUUUCUGAUUUUUUUUAUGAAUUUUCCGAAUUUUUUUAAAUUUUUUCUGAUUUAUUAAUAAUUUUUAAAAAAAAUUUACGAUACGGUUACGAUACGUUACGAUACGUUACGAUACGGCGUAUCUUAAAGCCCGACCGAUACGGCUUACGAUACGCGUUUUACAACAUUGCACCCUAGGAGGUAAAGGGAUGCCACUUAUAGAAGGCCAAUACCAUGGCAAUGAGCUUCCUCUCGUAUGCAGAAAGAGAAUGAAAGUUAGCAGUCAUGGCUUUGCUGAAAUAGGAUGGGGGUGUUCGUUUUGUGUGAGCACUGUGCUGAUCCCAUUAAUGGAGGCAUUUGUCUCUACUUAGAAAAGCUGUGUAGUGUUGGCAACUUGAUUAUUGAAGCUGAAGUGAUGGUGUACUUCAACUCUCUGAAAACUCGUUCAGCUUCGUCUUCCCACCAAAAAUAGUCUUUCUUGAAUAGAGCAGUUAAAGGCGCUGCUAUUUGGCCAUUGUGGCUAUAUAAUGCAUACAGUAAUCUGUCAAUCUCAAAAAUCCCUUAACUGUCUUUAGAGGUUGUUUGGCAAGCAAAACACUUUGUGAGUGUACUAUGAAUCGCCCUAAGGAUUAGGGUUGGUUCAUGGACAACUAGUUCUAGUCUUCCACGAAACUGCUCCAAUCUUUAGGGUAGAUUCAUGGGGCACUCACAUAAUGUUCUAACUGCCAAACGUGAAACAACCCCUUAGAAGCUCAAUCUCAGCCACUCCUUCAAUACUUGAGUCUCCUCCAACUCCAUUGCAACCUACCCUUGCGUUAUGACAUGCCCCAUGUAGGUGAGACUUUGCUUCCUGAAUCAGCACUUCCUGAGUUAAGCAAACAAGCUUGUGUUCUCUGAGCACUCUCAAGGUCUGUUUGAUAUUUGCAGGUGACUUGCCCAACUUUUGCUGAGAACUAAAAUAUCAUGAAGAAACCAAUACAAUCUUUGUCCAAUAGUGUUUAAACACUUCAUACAUGAGGGUUUGAAAAGCAGCAGGUGUGUUUGUCAAUCCAAACCAAAGGGCAUGAUGAGAAAUUCCUAAUACCCUGCAUGCAUUCGGAACACAGUCCUAUGCAAGUCCUCUGCCAUUAAAAUCUGAUGAUAUCUUGCUUGUAAAAUCAAGCAAUAAAUACUACUUGGCAUAAUAAAUGGGGAAGCUUCCAUCUUUCUUUUGGCCAACAAUACAGGUUCUUCAAAAAGAACUUCAAUUGGGUCUUAUGAUUCCAAUACUCAACAUCUAUCAAACAGGCAUUCAAUCUCAUUUUUUGGAGAUUGGGCAUCGUGGUAAUUAUUUGAUUCACUAUUACUCCCAUCUCUAGCUGCCCUCUAAUUGAUCGCAAUCCAUUGCACGAAUGAAAUACAUCCCUGUACCCCUCGAGAAUGGCUCGCAACUCCAGUGGAUAACUUUUGGUACCUUCCUGCAAACUAUUCUUCUCAGAUGCCUCCACAACUCCUACACGAAGCCAAAAAACCACACACUCAAAGCCCUCAAAGUCUUUGUCAUGGCUUCACUUUUUGCCUCAGACACGGUAUGACCCUUUUGGGCGCUGAAAUACACUUUGUCAUCUAUAGUUGAACGACAUUGUCAUUCCCAUGAAAUCCCAAGCACCUGGCCUAAUGGUUGCAGCCACUCAAUGCCCAAAACCACAUCAGCCCCUUUCAUAGGAAGCACAAACAAAUCUAAGCAGAAUUCGGCUUGUUGCACCCUUAGUUGUCAAGGCGUCUAGGUGCUGCUUAGGCACGGCGCUUAGCCUGAAAAGGCGUCCAAUAUCAAACAGGCAUUGCCAUUCCCAUGAAAUCCCAAGCACCUGGCCUAAUGGUUGCAGCCACUCAAUGCCCAAAACCACAUCAGCCCCUUUCAUAGGAAGCACAAACAAAUCUAAGCAGAAUUCGGCUUGUUGCUCCCUUAGUUGUCAAGGGGUCUAGGUGCUGCUUAGGCACCGCGCUUAGCCUAAAAAGGCGUCCAAUAUCAAAAAGAUUUUUAUUUUGUUACUAACACUUCCGUUCUUUGAGAACUCUUAUGUUAAGUCAUAUCUAGUUAAAAUUGCUUGCCAUAAUAUAGAAUUGUGUUUAGUCUGUAAAUGAAGAUGAAGAAAUUUACCAAUAUUUAACAAACUUUUAUUAUGUUACUUGUGUACUGAAUGUUUGAUGACCAUGAACUGAUAAGUGUAUGCAUCAAAGAGGAUUUUUACAACAUAGUAAUUUAGGAAAUGUCUUGCGCUUCAAGUGUGGACUAUCAUUACCUAGUUCAUAUUGUUUCUUUGCAAGUUGAUAUUGUUUCUUUGCAGAUCUAACAUUAGACUAUGUUGAAGUGAGGUUUGCAUGUAUUUCUCUGAUUACUAGACAUGCACUAAACAAGAGAAACUGGUGGUCCUUUUAACACAAACCUAGGUUUUAAAAUGGAUAAGAAGGCUGGCAUAGGUUCCACAAAAUAUGUUUUAGAGCACAUAAGAUAUAUACAAAAAUUCAUGGUUUUAGAGAAUAUGUAGUUAACGUAUGGCUGGAAAUUCAACUUAAUGAGUUGAUAUAGAAUAUGUAAUUAAUGUAUAGAAAACUGUACUUAAGGAACAGAAGUUAUACACUAUAACAGCACAUAAUAUAAGUAUAUACAGUAUAACAGUGUCUAAUAAAAUUACAGGACUUUAAUUUGAAGGGAAGGUGACUUUUCACCUUCCCAUGGACAAGGAGUGUAGCGCCUAGUCCAGCCCAGGCACCAGUCUAACACCCGUCGCCCUAAGUGAUGAACUUAGCGACGGGUGUGGAGUCACGGCUAGGCAUGGCCUAGACGAUGCCUUUACAACUAAGGCCGCACCUCAAAUUUCACCCAAGGGCAGCUUCCUUCACCCUUUUAGCACAUUCCCAUCACCCACCACCAUGUCAAAGCUGGGUUGGGAUCAUAUCUCGCAACCAACCAUAUGUGCCAUGUCAUAACAUACAAAAUUGUGUGAUGAACCUGCGUCCACCAGUAUGUCAAUGCCUUUCAUUUAUCCUCCAUGUCAGCCUCAUCGCUUACAACACAUAGACAACAAUAAGGAAAUUUUUGGCUUGCUUUUUUUGUCCAUCAACUGUUCAGGCCACUCCUCAAAUUCUUCAUUGAAUUCCUACACCAAGUACAUGUGAAGGACCACACAUCUAUGUCCCAGUGCCAAUUUUCAUCGCUUGGUAGCAUACCCCUCUCUGUGAUCAUUACGUCACAUGCUCUUGUUACACAUGUAAAGUAAAAGACAAAACUCAAGGCUGAUUUUAUGCUAUAAACUUAGUUUCAAGGUUUUUCUUGUAGGAACUUAUUUUUUUCCUCAAAAAGUACGCCUGUUAAAUUGCUUAGAAACUUCAACAAGCCAUACAUAACGAGAAAAUAUUCAUGUUGAUAACCACUUAAGAAUUGAGACUAAUUUAAGUGGACAAAUUUUUUACUAUUUCUAAUGAAAGUGUGCAUGUUGUAGGUAGCAUAUACUUGCUAUUUUCUUAUCUUUGUGAAAUUCAAGUUCUUUAUAUAGAGAACAUUUCCCUAAUUUUUUCUUAUUAUUUUGCAUUUUUCCGAUUUCUAAAUUUCAAGUGAAUUUUUAAUUUUAAAAGAAUCAAAUUUUUGAGUUUUAAUGUUAAGUUACAUGUCUAACUUCGGACCCAACUAAUACAGGUUACACUAUGCAUUUUACAACAAUAUUGUGAGUUGAGGCUAUUGUUAUGCAUCUAACUUUGGAGCAGACCGAUACAGGUUAAGUUAUGCAUAUGACAACAUUGUCCGUGACUGGUGUUAAGGGAGGAAGAUUAAUCAUCAUCACUCAACUUCAUCUAGAAAAUGUCAUGGACAUCUCUAAUAAAAGCAUUCAUUCAUUAUGGUUAAAAAGUAAAAGCCAGAAUCCGAAAUUUGAACCAGAAGAAACAAAAAAGACAGUGUGAUCAUACAUCUCAUAAGAAAAGAGGAUCACUUUUGUCAACAUUGCGUAUUGUUUCAGUAAAUUGACGUGGAUGUUAACAGAAGGGAGUAAGACAGAACACAAAAGCAGCUGAUUUUCACGACCAAAUUUUUUUAACAGAUGCUACCAAAGACAUGUCAAAACAUGAAAAACAUAGAGCUUCAAUCAUUACGAUUGAAAAAAGUAUCUUUUAAAAAAAAAGAAAAAACAUUGACCAGAAAUCUUAUAAGAAGAAAAAUCAAAAUAAAAGCAGAGACAACCAUGCAGAGCAUCAAGAAAUAGCAUCAAAAGAAAAGGAUGAGGAAAUCCGUGAUGUGCUGCGACUAGAUUAUGCAUCAUUAAGAUGUUACCAAAACAAGAAAUCUGUUUGGCAACCAAAAAGAAGGUAAAGAAACGGU